CCACCUGCAAUACCAAAUAAUACAACAAUAGUAUUUAAUAUCUAAUAAAUUGGUUUAAGAGCAUAGUGAAAAGUCAUACCAUAAGGAAUGAUAUAUCCUAAAGAAACACAGCAAAUGCAUCCAACAAUGGAUAAAACAAUGGCAAAAUUAGGAUACAAGAAUGCAGUAAGCUUAAAUAUCAUUAUAAAAAAUACCAUUUAGCAAAGGACAUAAAUAAUUUUGAGAAUGAAUUUUUUAAUUUUAUCGGGACUUAGAUUAACAAGUUAAUAGACUGGCAUAUUAACCAUUAAUGUAUUAAUAAUUAAAAUGGAGACAUAGGAAAUCAUUAAGAUUGAAAGAGUGAUUUCAAUAGGAUAAUUUCCUUUAAACUCUUCUUGAUAAUUAGUAAUAAUUGAUUAAUCAGUAUUUUAUUGAAAUAAUAAUGAACUUGAUAUACCAAAGAAUAAAUAGAGUAUAGUUUCUAAUAUCAUAGCAAUUAAUAGACAUUUUUUAAAUGAAAUAGUGUUUUCCAUUUCAACUCUUAUCUCUGUUAAAACUCCAUUGAUAUCAUAAGCAAAAAUCAUAAUACCAAAUGCUAUCAUAAUUUUUUCAGUAUCAGGUUUAACUAGACCCCAUUUGUUAUAUUGUACAACUGCCAAAGUUGAAAGAUAAGCAAAUGAUAUAUAGACU